AAGGGCGGACAUUUUGAUUUGAUUUUUACUUGUUAAUUAUAUUUUUAAAUCAUUACGGUUUUCUGAUUCAUACAGCUUUACCCUUGCUUUUUUUUUUUUAUUCAACAGACUUUAAUUGUACUUAAUUUUUAACACCCAUUUUUGAGUUUCAUAAGUGUAAAAAAAAUAAAAAUAAAUUAGUCCACUAUGGCUUGGGGCUAUUGGAGUGCAUCAACUGUUUCUGACCGAGGCAAGUCACCAAAACGGCAAUCGUCAUCUUUGGGUUUUUAUAAUCAUCAUGUACCAAUUUCCACCCCAGCUCCUCCAUCUACAUCAUAUUACCAACAUCAGCCCUUGCACAGCACUAGUAGUUUUGGUUCCAUAGAAGAUGAUGAUUAUCAUCAUAACUCUACAUUUAACCGUCGUCCUUCACUAGGAGAUAUAGAAUUCACAGGGCCGGGUUCAUUAUCUUUAUUGUUGAAUCAGGCUAUUCCUCCUUCUCGGCCCAGAACACCACCACCACGUCAUUUGUAUGCUCCACCCACUUCACUAAGUUUACCAGAUUCGUGUGGAUCAAAUAUGGCUAUGCGUCAAAACAUAAAUUGUUUUGGUUACCAAUCUACUCCUAUUGUACAACAUUAUCCUUGCAGUGUUCAUGACCCAUCACCAUCUCCUUCUAUAUCUGAUGAUGAAGACCAUGUUUACGCCACAGUUUUUCCUAAUGUUCCACCAGCACCAGGAAUGCCUUGUCAAGGAGAAGACCGUAGUAUAUAUAGACGUGGAGCCAGAAGAUGGAGAAAACUAUAUCGAGUGAAUGGACAUAUUUUUCAACCUAAAAGAUUUAACAGGCGAGCAUUUUGUGCAUAUUGUCAUGAUCGAAUUUGGGGAUUAGGAAGACAAGGAUUCAAAUGUAUUCAAUGCAAAUUGCUUAUCCACAAAAAAUGUCAUAAACUUGGUAAAAAAACUUGCACUAAUGAUCCUAUAGUUAUCGAUGACACCAAUGGUGAUUCACAAACGUCUCUAAGUACACCUAGUUCUGAUACUGCCUUGCCCGAUUUAAAAGAUUAUUCUGAUCAAAAUUCUGUUAUUGAUCAAUCAGCCGAUUCUGUACCCAUUGAAGAUCCACAAGCUAAAACAGGUGAUGAAGAAGUCGGAGUUUCACGUCAAUAUUCUAUUGCUGAUUUUGAGCUAAUUAGGGUUAUUGGUCGUGGAAGUUAUGCUAAGGUGUUAAUGGUUGAACUCAAAAAAACAAAAUGCAUUUAUGCUAUGAAAGUUAUAAAAAAAGCACUCGUUACAGAUGAUGAAGAUAUUGAUUGGGUUCAAACAGAAAAACAUGUUUUUGAAACUGCCUCUAACCAUCCAUUUUUAGUCGGUCUCCAUUCUUGCUUCCAAACUGCCAGCCGUUUAUUUUUUGUGAUUGAAUUUGUUCGUGGAGGUGACUUAAUGUUUCAUAUGCAAAGGCAAAGACGAUUGCCUGAAGAACAUGCUAGAUUUUAUGCUGCAGAAAUUAGCUUAGCUUUAAAUUUUUUGCACACUAAAGGUAUAAUAUAUCGAGAUUUAAAAUUGGAUAAUGUGCUACUUGAUCAUGAGGGCCAUAUAAAAUUGACGGAUUAUGGAAUGUGCAAAGAAGGAAUAAGGCCUGGAGAUACAACUUGUACAUUCUGUGGUACUCCAAAUUAUAUUGCUCCAGAAAUUUUAAGAGGAGAAGAUUAUGGAUUUAGUGUGGAUUGGUGGGCUUUAGGAGUGCUUUUGUAUGAAAUGUUAGCUGGUAGAAGUCCAUUUGAUAUUGCUGGUGCAUCAGAAAAUCCUGAUCAAAAUACUGAAGACUAUCUAUUUCAAGUUAUUUUGGAAAAAACUAUACGUAUUCCAAGAUCACUCUCUGUUAAAGCAGCAUCAGUUUUGAAAGGAUUUUUAAAUAAAAAUCCUGUGGAUCGUUUGGGUUGUAAUCGAGACACUGGAUUCUAUGAUAUCAUUACUCAUCCAUUCUUUAAAUCUAUUGAUUGGGAAAUGUUAGAACAAAAACAAGUUAGUCCUCCUUAUAAACCAAGACUAGAUUCGGAUCGUGAUCUUGCAAACUUCCCACCAGAAUUUACAGAUGAACCUGUUCAUUUAACACCUGAUGAUCUACGUGUCAUCGAUAAAAUCGAUCAGUCCGAAUUUGAGGGUUUUGAAUACGUGAACCCGUUGCUCAUGUCGCAAGAAGACAACGUGUGACACGAGGAGGACUGCGACGAUUACGUCGCAUCUCAUAAUAUACAGCAUUACCAUCACGAAGCCGACUGUCCCUGUUCGACGACUAUCGACUCGCCCCCAGACAACGGCAGGCCGCCGUCUAGGGGAUGGUUCUGCUUACCGCUCCGAUAAGUACACUCCCCCCUCAUUUUAAAAAAAAGCCCCAAAAAAAUGUGAUUACUAUAAAAAUACAAAUCCGCCGAUGACGACGGCCAUAUUUAUUUUAUAUAUUAUUAUUAUAAAUAUUUAAUUAUUUGAUUAUUAUUAUUAUAAAUAGUUAUUCGCGUGUCCGUCGCCGGCAUCGACGGUUUUCAAUGGCUCAACUUAUUCCGACAAUUUAUCAUUUUCGGUUUGGACUUUUAAUUCGUUUACAAAACCAAAUUCUAAAAAGUUUUUGUUCCUCUUCGAUUAUCACAUAUUACUCGCUUUAUUUUCCAUUUUAUACAAAAAAAUAUAUACAUAAUAUGUUAUAUUUACG